CACUAGCCUUGUCCGAAAGCAGAACAAGAAAAGAUUGAACUUUGACUAUUUUAUCGGAUUAGAUUACUCUCUUGAAUUUUUGGUUGAUGUUUCUGAAAGAGAAAAAAUGAUAAAAAACGUUCUUCUUCUUCUUCUGUUUUGCUUUGCCUAUGGAGUGACCCUUUCACUCUCAGAGUCCAAAUAUGCUUCUGUGCAACCUCACGCAGCUGAAUCCUUCUCUGUUGGUUAUAUUCAGAUGACAACCGCUGCGAACUGUUCGUACCUGGUAGUCAUUACUACGAGUUGUUCAUCACCUAAAUUCACAACGGAUAAGAUUGGUAUUGCGUUUGGAGAUGCUUAUGGCAACCAGGUGUAUGAACCAAGACUAGAUAAUCCAAUUGCAGGAACAUUUGAGCAGUGUUCUUCAGAUUCAUUUCAGAUAGAUGGUGAAUGUGCUUCUCCUAUUUGUUUUGUGUACCUAUAUAGAUCUGGUGCUGAAUAUGGUUGGAAGCCUGACAGUGUGAAAAUCUAUGGCUACGACUCAGAGCCUGUUACUUUUAAUUUCAACGAGUCCAUCCCUAAUGGUACAUGGUACGGCUAUGAUAAUUGUGUUACUCCUCCGCCACCCCCUUCUUCCUCAUACCAACUAUCCCCUAAAAAAUGGGUUAUAAUCAGUAUGGUUAUAGGCUUUGUUCUUAGUUUUUGGAUGUAACGUUAUGCUCUUAUAAGCUUCCAUAUUCCAUAGCUCCUUUUACAUAUAGCCAUGGAACUUAAUAGUACUUUAUGUAGAAGUAGGAGCAUGAGAUGUGUACUAUUGACCAAAGUCUUUUAGUAGGCUUUGCUUUUGAAAGCUUUGUUUAAUUUAUGUUAAGGGUUGUUGUAUUUGAACAACUUUUUAUUAAAUAUUGAUAUCAUGUUUUUAUAUUUUGUUCCUGUUGUUUAUAUUUCUUUCUCAACCUUUUUGUGACAUCAUAUAAAAGAACAAUGGGGGUUGGCACG